GGUGAAGGAGAUGGCCAGCAAGCACCACCCGAAUCUGGUGCGGCUGUUGGGCUACUGCAUUGAUUUUGACCCGGGCACGAAGCACAUCGAGCAAGUGCUUGUGUAUGAGUUCAUGGCGAACCAGGACCUGGAGAGCUGGAUUGGACCUGGUAUUCCAAAUGCUCUGUCGCUACAGCAGCGCCUAGACGUGCUGAUUGGAGUGGCCAAAGGGCUGCAUUACCUCCAUGACUUUGGCAUUGUGCAUCGAGACAUCAAGCCAGCCAACAUUCUCCUUGAUGCAAAAAUGAAGGCCAAGAUUGCAGAUUUUGGGCUUGUGAAGCUGAGUGGGGGCACGUCAGUGGACACAUCUGUGGCGGCCACUCGAGUGAUGGGAACACCUGGCUAUGUGGACCCAGCCUACUACAAGUCCCACAAGGCCACAUCUGCGUCAGACGUGCACAGCUUUGGCGUGGUGAUGCUGGUGGUGCUCACGGCACGCAAGGCUGUCCAUGUGACGGAGGACAGCCACACCACCCUCAAGCAAUGGCAUUGAUUGGUCAAUGUUUCUUGCACC